ACUUACCUAUGGGCCGUAUUAUGCGAAAAUUUCGCGUAACUACAGGGCCGACGGCUGGUACCCCGGCCAAAACGCGGACACCUAUGCUUGGUACGCCAUGGCUAUGUGGGCUCAGAAAAAGAUUGGACAUUAUCCUGUGAACCCAAAGGCCAAGGGCAUCAAGCCCUUCGCAGCUUCUUGACGAGGCGACGGCUCCUCUCUCAACGACCCCGCGGUCGCCGCCGACUCUUCCGACGACUCGGAAGACAUUGAGGAGGACUACCAGCUCUUGGAAGGUUUCACGACCCCAAACUGCGGCUCCAGGAUGAGUGCCGUGGAGGAACCUCUUCCAGUUCUGAACGUCAGUUGCGUGGAUGCGGCGAGCGCCGUCCCGGCAGACGUUUUCAGUUCCGCAACGAAUCAGAUCUAUUCAACGUUCUGUCGCGGUACAGUCAAUAAUGGCAAGCAACUCGAGUGGAUGGCUGACGUCUUUGACAAUCUCACCGGGCUGUCUCCGAGUCAACAUUCACGGGUCAAACGAUUCACACAUUUGGCGAGAGCCGAUGGGCCGGAGCCGUAUACCAAUUGGCAAUUUAAGCUCCAUUGGGUGCCAGACAAAGAUUCGUUUGACGCAGCCCAGUGCUACUUGGACUGCGAAACUGCCUUUCAGACACUUGCCGCAACGCCGCAACGCUCUCAGAAGGGAGACGAGAAGAACUUGAUGUCACUUUCGGGACAAAUCGGUGUUGGCUGCGGGAUGUACGGAUACACUGUCAAAGGCAUAGCUAUCUCGUAGGGGGCGAGAUCAUGUGCCUGUCGGAACGAAAGUGUAGCAAGGAAAGGCGUUUGUCGGCUCUCGAGGAGGGGGCGGGAGAGGAGGCUGAGACUG